AUGGGUAUUUGCAGUUCUUACGAAUCGACGUCGGUGGCGACGGCGAAGUUGAUAUCACACGACGGCAGGUUACAGGAAUUUUCGUACCCGGUAAAAGUCUCAUACGUUCUACAAAAGAAUCCAUCCACCUUCAUUUGUAACUCCGACGAGAUGGAAUUUGAUGAUGUGGUUUCCGCCAUUAGCGACGACGACGAGCUUCAACUUGGUCAGCUUUAUUUCGCGCUUCCGUUGAGCCGGUUGCGACACCCGCUUCAACCGGAGGAAAUGGCGGCAUUGGCCGUGAAAGCCAGCUCUGCAUUGGGUGGUUGUCGCCGGAAAAACGUGUCUUUUACUACGUCUGGGGAGAAGUGUCAUACCAAGAGUUCGGGUCGGGUGGCGGAUGCCGGUGUUUUAGAGACAGGAAACAGGAGGGGUGGCGUAAGACGCGGCGGCGGCGGCGGUGGUAGUGGAAGAAGACGAAACUUUUCAGCAAUGUUGAGUGCUAUACCGGAGUAG